AAUUGCACCCAUCCAUCAUCACAGCGACGGCGUUGUACGAGAAUGGCGACGCUUCUCCUUCGAGGCAAGUGUCCCGGCGUGACGGCGCUGGUGCUGCCACGCGUUGGUCUCUGUCUCUCCCUAUUCUUGUGUUGCGGCGGUGCUGUGUCGGUCGUUCCCCACGAUCACGACCCGUUUCAGACUGCUCCCUGUCUCAGCUGCUCAACUCCGUCGCCAGCCCACCCAGCUUUAGCUGCCCUGACGUCCUUGGACAUGGAGAGUAAAAUAAGUCAAUGUCCUCAACAGAAUAGUGAAGUUUCAUCGCUAAGGCAUGCAUUUAAAUUAUUGGACGCAGAUUUCUUCACCGAUAAUAAGAUUCUGGAGGUCACAAAGGGUGCAGAAGAGUUCAAUAUUCCCAUAAUCAGGGCCAACAGAAAAUCUGUGGCUUCUGUUGAUGGAGGUUUGCAGAAUCCCUCUUGUUUGGUUUUUGAUCCCAACUGGGGCUCUGAACAGCCGGAUGGCAUAAAUAGAAGAUUUACACAUCCUACGACAUCUGAUAUACAAAGACCAGGAAACAACGAAGAUAUUGCCUUCAUGAGUGUUCUUGAACUUGGGGCACUUAUUAGGACAAGACAAAUUACUUCUGAGGAGCUUACUCAACUUUUCCUUGAGAGAUUGAGAAGGUAUAAUGGCAUUCUUGAAGCUGUGGUGUCUUACACCGAAGAAUUAGCAUAUGCACAAGCAAAAAGGGCUGAUGAGUUGCUUGCUCAAGGAGUAUAUUUGGGUCCUCUCCAUGGGAUUCCUUAUGGUUUGAAGGACAUAAUUGCCGUGCCUGGAUACCACACCACUUGGGGUUCAACAAGUUUUAAGGAUCAGGUUCUUAAUAUCGAUGCAUGGGUCUAUAAGAGGUUGAAGUCAGCGGGGGCAGUUCUAGUUGCAAAGCUUGUUUCUGGCUCUCUGGCAUAUGAUGAUAUUUGGUUUGGCGGAAGGACAAGAAAUCCAUGGAACAUUGAAGAGUUUUCAACUGGCUCAUCAGCUGGGCCUGCUGCUUGCACUUCAGCAGGUAUGGUCCCUUUUGCUAUUGGUUCCGAGACAGCUGGAUCCAUCACCUAUCCAGCUGCCCGUUGUGGUGUGACAGCAUUACGCCCAACAUUUGGUACUGUUGGACGAAGCGGUGUCAUGAGCAUAUCUGAGAGCUUGGAUAAGCUCGGUCCAUUCUGUAGGAGUGCGGCAGACUGCACUAUUAUUCUUGAUGCUAUUCGAGGAAGGGAUCCAGAUGAUCCCUCAUCCAGAGACAUUCCCCUUGAUAAUCCAUUCACAGUAGAUAUAACAAAGCUUACUGUUGGAUACCUAGAUGAUGCUGAGAUGGAGGUCGUUCAUGUUCUUUCCUCAAAGGGAGUUACUAUGGUUCCCUUCAGAUUAAAUUACACUGUUGAUUCUGUUCAAGGCAUCUUGAACUUCACAAUGGACGUGGAUAUGUUGGCUCACUUUGAUGAGUGGCAACGUUUGGGAAAGGAUGAUCAAUAUGAAGCUCAAGAACAAUGGCCCGUUGAACUGCGCCGUGCACGGAUGGUUCCCGCUGUGGACUAUGUGCAGGCACAAAGAGCUAGAGGAAAGUUGAUUAGGGAAGUAAGAGAAAGCUUCAAUGUUGAUGCUCUCAUUGGAAAUGCAACGGACUGGGAAAAAGUUUGUCUGGGAAAUCUGGUGGGAAUGCCUGUAAUUGUUGUUCCAACUGGGUAUGCUAGCAUAUCUGCUUCACCUCCUAGUGGCACGAGACGACGAAAGACCGUCACGACUGGCAUAUAUGCUCCUCCUCAAAAGGAUCAUAUUGCUUUAGCACUGGCAAUAGCUUAUCAGUCAGUCACUGAUCAUCACAAGCAGCGACCACCUAUAAAUGAUCUGGGACCAAAUGAUUGGACUCCGAAUGCACAAUCAAAAAGAUACCCUCCAAGGCAGAUGCAUCUCUAUUUCAAUAAUAAAACUGAUGGCGUCUCCUAUGUGAAAUGAUUGUCUGGUAAAUCUUUGGGGUGCGGGAACCUCUCCAUUUGACUGAACUUGUGGUUGUUAAAGUAUCUUGAUCACUUUCCUUUGUAUAAUGUAGUUUUGUUAUUCAUGAGUGAAGUGCCAACUAGCCGAAUUUAGUAUGAUUUUCCCCCGUAUUCGGCGCAUGUCAAGUUCAAAGGACGUAGUCCAGUAGCUUUCCUUCUUUAA